GGGAGGCGUUAGCACCACCAGCCUGUCUGAACCAGAACUAGCCGUACAGAGGGAAUGCAGAAAAAAAAGCUGGCUGCUUGCUAGCAACGGAACCUUGAACAUCGGGCUAGCGAGAAGAUUAAAAAAAGAAAAGUGGAACGCCACCACGGAUUUCUUGUGGGACAAACGUACAGGCCUCGCUGCUAAAACGAUGCCUCACACUAGACGGUACUCGUCUUCGGACAGAGACAGUCGAAGCAGCUACCAAGAACGUUACAGAGACAGAGACAGAGGGCGAAGACACCGGCACAGAAGAUCACCGACUUACUCCUCCAGUAGUGACAGAGACAGAGACCGAGACAGAAGGGGACGGGGACACAGACAGGAAGGAAGCUAUGCACGCUCAAGGAGUCGUAGCUAUGACAAUCGCUCUACGGAGCACCGGCCAUUUGAACGAAGACACUGCGAGGGAUACAGACGCUUGGAUCAGAGCCGAGAUCGAGACCGCGACAGAGAAAGGGAGCCCCAUGGAGCAGCUGAAAGUUACUACCCACGCGACUUCUCCCCAAACAUGUACGACUACCGACGUGGCCGCGAGAGGGAGCGUGAACGGGAUGAGUCGUAUCGGAGGAAAGGCAGCAGGCGUAAGCACAAACGAAGGCGGCGUAGAACCAGGUCCUAUAGCCCAUCCUCCUCGCGGAGCAACAGCCGGACGAGGGCACUGAGUGUGAGGGACGACGAGGAAGGGCACCUGAUCUGUCGGAGUGGGGACGUCCUGCAAGAGAGAUAUGAGAUUGUCAGCACUUUGGGCGAAGGCACUUUCGGGAGGGUGAUGCAGUGCAUUGACCAUCGCAGGGGAGGAGCCAAUGUUGCUCUGAAAAUUAUCAAGAAUGUGGAGAAGUACAAAGAAGCGGCUCGCCUGGAGAUCAAUGUAUUAGAGAAGAUCAAUGAAAAGGACCCUGAUAACAAAUUCCUUUGUGUACAGAUGUAUGACUGGUUUGACUACCACGGUCACAUGUGUAUCUCCUUUGAGCUGCUAGCUCUCAGCACCUUCGACUUUCUAAAGGAAAACAACUACCUGCCCUACUCAAUUGGUCAGGUCAGACACAUGGCCUACCAAAUCUGUCUCGCUGUGAAGUUUCUCCACGACAAUAAGCUGACACACACAGACCUAAAGCCUGAGAACAUCCUAUUUGUCAACUCAGACUUCACAAUGUCCUUCAAUGUAGAAAAGAAGCGGGAAGAGCGGACGGUAAAGAGCACGGCAGUACGUGUGGUGGACUUUGGCAGUGCCACUUUUGACCAUGAGCACCACAGCACCAUUGUGUCCACGCGGCAUUACCGUGCCCCUGAGGUCAUACUAGAGCUGGGCUGGAGCCAUCCCUGUGACGUGUGGAGCAUUGGCUGUAUACUGUUUGAGUACUACCUGGGCUUCACCUUGUUUCAGACUCAUGACAACAGGGAGCAUUUGGCCAUGAUGGAGAGAAUCCUGGGACCAGUUCCCUCUAGAAUGAUUCGUAAGACGAGGAAGCAGAAGUAUUUCUAUCGUGGCCGUCUGGACUGGGACGAGAGCUCCUCAGCGGGGAAAUACGUCAGAGAAAACUGCAAACCCUUACGGCGGUACUUGCUGUCGGAGGCGGAGGAGCACCACCAGUUAUUUGACCUCAUUGAAAGCAUGUUGGAGUACGAGCCCUCCAAAAGGCUGGUGCUGGCUGACUCCCUCAAACACCCUUUCUUUGAGACCGGGGGGAUCGGCGAGGCAGCGGGCAGCAAGAGCUGGGAGGGCAACCGGGACAUCAGCCGGUGACCCACAAGCCUCUAAAGACAGUGACAGAGGAAAUCAAGUCUUUUAUAUGUGGAGCAGGUGAACUGUUGAAUCAAUCGGGGCUUCGGAUGUUCUGUCGUUUUUCAUUAAAGCAUGGACACCUUAACUUCUUGCUCCUCCAUCCUGCCCUUCUGACAUCCACCUCUGCAGCCACAAGAGGCAUGUUUUCAUAGCAGAGAGACCAAAAUAACCCACGAAAGACUGGAAAAGAGUCAAAAUGAAUCUUUUCAAGCAGCCACAGCCUCAAAAGUAGCCCUCUAUGCAGCUCCUGUCUUCCUUUUGACUUCUGAACCACCUUCCUCCCUUCCUUCCGUCCAUCUAUCUUAUUAUUUUCAUCAGCAUGUCAAGGAAAUAAUUCACCUUUCUAAGGAAAUAAACACUACAAAAUUUUACAAUAACUCAGUUUUGGGGAAGAAAUGUCUUCCGAUUCGGAAGUCUAAGGAAAGGGCAAAAAGGAGAUAGAGCUGUAUAUGCAGCGCAAGUCCUCACCUACAUAAUUCUAAACAUGGAGUCAUGCAAGAUAUUCUAUUAUGCUAACAUCAAAUAAUUCAAAUUGAAUAUCAUAUUUCCUUGGACAUUGUAUCUCCAGCAGAGACAAGUUCUCAAGUUUUCGUUUGUUUUUGUUAAGUGAGCACUUGCAUUGCACAUGUUUCUUUUUUAUGUUUAAAAGGAUUAUCCCUUAUAUGGAGACUCUUGCCAUUAAUCUCCGGUUGUUAGGCCUGUUAUUCGCCAAUGAGAUGAUAAUGGUGAUGGACACUCCACACACACAGGCCUCUGUUGCCUGUCUUAUUGAUAGAUAUAUGUUUGUUACGUUAUGCAGUGCUUUCUGUGUGUGUGUGUGUGUGUGUGUGUGUGUGAGAGAGAGAGAGUGUGUGUCUGUGUAGGGGUGGGAUGGUGUGGGUGACACGUUCAUGUUAAUGUUUUGCUCAGUGGCUUCUUAGUAGUUCAGCAUUAGUCAUGGGAACAUUCUCACAUACUUUUAAAAACAAAAAACAUAAACUGCCUUUUCCAUGUGUGAUAUGGUCGGAUCUGAAGUCUCUCCAUUGAGGUUAAGCACACAGCUCCUGGUGGAAGCCAAUGAGCCACACGCAACUGGUGACAGUAUUUAUUUUGAGUUCCACUAGGUCAGAGUCCCCACCCCCCACCUGUACAUGACUCGUUUUUUUUUUUUUGUAUGAAAUUAAAGCGUAUAAAACUGUAUAUAUGUAUGAUUGUGUAGAAUUAAAGUUAAGUCCUCCUUGCCAAAGGCUUAUGGUGCUCUCAGUAUCAGUUCGGGCCUCUGGUAGCUAAAGGGAGGCGUUCUGUCUUUAAAUACCA